UCAUCGACCAUCCUUCUCUGUCAAAUCCACCCCCUCUCCCUCUAUUCAUCCGUUUUGUUCCCUUCCCCUCUCAAUAGGGUUAGGGUUUGGGUUUUCAAUUUCAAUCUCCAUCUUCCCCCAAACACUUCAAUCAAUGACCCUAGCCUCUCACUCCUAGUUUAUACUUCAUAUCAAUCUCAAUUUUACUUUCAUCCAUGGACUUGUCUCAUCCCCACUCCAAUUUGUCGCUCGGCUUCUCAUCCUCUCACGCGUCGCCGCCACGCCGCCCUCCAAUCCCCGACGAAUCUAUCACCCUCCAGCUCGAAUCCAGCCUCCGUGACCCUUCCCACCCUCUCCCUCCGGUUCCCCUCCAGCUCCUCGAGCCCCAAACAGCCACCGAUAACGGCAACCACGAUUCCGAGUUCAACGACGCCGCAGACGAUGAAGACGACAGGGAUGUCGAGGAAUUUCGCAUCCUAGGCCACUCAAUGUGCCUCAAGAGGCGAAGAGAUUGCGAUUCCUCAUCCUCUUCCUCAAUCUCUUCCUCCAAGAGGGUUUCUGUUUCCCACGAAUCUGAUCUCGAGGCACGGAGAGCUUUGGUUCGCUCAUGGGGGAACCAAUCCUUGCAGCUUGCGGACCCCGACGUCUUCGACAUAAUGGAGAAGGAGAAGAGAAGGCAGUACAGAGGGAUUGAAUUGAUCGCCUCCGAAAAUUUCGUAUGCAAAGCCGUUAUGGAAGCUCUUGGGAGCCAUUUGACUAACAAGUACUCCGAGGGAAUGCCCGGUGCACGUUACUAUGGAGGUAACCAAUAUAUCGAUGAGAUUGAAACCUUGUGUUGUGAGCGUGCUUUGCUUGCGUUUAAUCUUGACCCCAAGUGUUGGGGUGUCAAUGUUCAGCCAUAUUCGUGUACAUCUGCGAAUUUCGCAGUUUACACCGGGUUGCUAUUGCCCGGUGAUCGUAUCAUGGGGUUGGAUACACCCUCUGGAGGGAACACUAGCCAUGGUUACUAUACUCCCAAUGGGAAGAAAGUUUCCGGUGCCUCGAUUUUCUUUGAGAGCUUGCCUUAUAAGGUAAACCCACAAACUGGGUAUGUUGAUUAUGAGAAGCUUGAGGAGAGGGCGCUUGAUUUUCGUCCCAAGAUACUUAUUUGCGGUGGGAGUUCGUACCCUCGAGAAUGGGAUUACGCAAGGUUUAGGCACAUUGCGGAUAAAUGUGGAGCUGUUUUGAUGUGUGAUAUGGCACAAAUAAGUGGGCUAAUUGCAGCCAAGGAAUGUUCAAACCCUUUUGACUAUUGUGAUAUUGUUACUUCAACAACUCACAAGAGUCUACGCGGUCCAAGGGGAGGCAUAAUUUUUUAUCGGAAGGGUGCAAAACCAAGGAAGAGAGGGAUUCUGCUAAGUCAGGGAAAUGAAAGUGAUCAGUAUGACUUUGAGGAAAAGAUAAAUUUUGCUGUUUUUCCAUCGUUGCAAGGGGGCCCACACAAUAACCAUAUUGCUGCUCUGGCUAUAGCUUUAAAACAAGUGGCUACUCCUGAGUAUAAGGCAUACAUGCAUCAAGUGAAGAAAAAUGCUCAGGCCUUAGCAUCUGCUUUAUUGAGAAGGAAAUGCCGCCUAGUAACUGGGGGUACAGACAACCACUUAGUGCUGUGGGAUUUAAGGCCUCUUGGAUUGACAGGUAAAUUUUAUGAGAAGGUCUGUGAGGCAUGUCUUAUUACUUUGAAUAAGAUUGCUAUUUUUGGUGACAAUGGAGUUAUUAUUCCCGGAGGUGUAAGAAUAGGUACCCCUGCCAUGACUUCAAGAGGAUGUUUAGAAGCUGAUUUUGAGACAAUGGCUGAAUUUCUGUUUAGAGCCGCGCAACUUGCAAACGUAUUGCAGAGGGAGCAUGGGAAAAUGCAGAAGACAGUUUUGAAGGGGCUUGAUAGCAGUAGGGAGGUUGUUGAUCUCCGGGCUCGGGUUGAAGCUUUUGCAACUCAAUUUGCAAUGCCUGGUUUUGACAUUUGAAGAUGAUAUGGCUGGUGGUUUGCCAUUAUUAAUUGUUCAUAAUAUAUGCUAUAGGAGUCGGUCGCCCUGCCUGAUUGCUGCAAAAGCGACUCAUCUUGGACUGCAAUAUAUUUUGUUGUCGAAGUCAUGUCCUCGUUGCCUUAUACAGUGUCUUCAUGUUUUCACAUGUUGCAGUGAGCUGCAAUGUGGUACAGUACAGCACAGUACACAAGAGUGUACUGCUUUUGAGGUUUCUUUUGGUAAUCAAGCAUCCCAUUCCCGCCUCAAUGAACGGUGCACCAUCACUGCUGAUUGCAGCAAGUUGGCCAUUAGAGGCUGGAACUGGGAUCCUUGAUCAAACGUCCUGCGUACAGAAUUCUUGCCUGGUGAAUCUGCAGAAAAUAAUUUAUUUGAUAAAGGUUAGAUGCCUUGAAUUCUUUUGCCUGCUUUUUGAUGCUGAAAGCUAUAUUUUACGUUCGUUCUUGCAGAA